UUCUCCUCCUUCAAACGGCUACUUUCUCUCUCUCUCUCUCUCUCUCUCUCUCUCUAAACAUUUCACAUUUCAGUUACGCAUCUCACAUCUCCAUUAAAAUUCAAACCCCAAUUUCUACCUUUUUCCCCCAAAGUUUCCAAGAAAAGAAAAACGAAACGAAACCCACAUUUUCUCGGGAAAAUCCUCCAGUCGCCAACGACCGCAGCUGUAGCAAGAAAAUCCAUACAGCAGAUAGAAAAUUGACGUUCGUUGAUUUGAUCUCUCAGGUAGCAUUGCUUCAAUAUGUCUAAUCUUCAAAGUGAGCAGCUUCUGCAAAUGGAAACAACAUGUGGAUCACUUCUGUAUGAACUUCAGAUAAUUUGGAAUGAAGUCGGAGAGUCUGACAAAGAUAGGGAUAAGAUGUUGCUCGAGCUUGAGCAGGAGUGUCUAGAAGUAUACAGAAGAAAAGUUGACAAGGCAAAUCGGUGUAGGGCACAGCUACGGCAGGCAAUUGCUGAUUCCGAAGCAGAACUUGCAGCAAUCUGCUCUGCAAUGGGGGAGCGACCGGUACAUAUUAGGCAGUCUGAUCAAAAUGCCGGAAGUUUGAAAGAAGAGCUCAGCAAAAUAAUUCCACAGUUGGAGGAGAUGAAGAAAAGAAAAUACGACAGGAAAAAUAACUUUCUGGAAGUUCUAGAGGAGAUACAGAAAAUUUCAAGUGAGAUUAAUGGAAGCACAGAUUACAGUUCAUCUAUACCGGCUGUGGAUGAAACUGAUUUAUCAUUGAGAAGGCUUGAAGAAUUGCACAGACAUCUACAUGGACUCCAAACUGAGAAGAGUGAUAGGCUUAAGCACAUACAGGACCACCUGUGUACAUUGAACUCACUUUGCUCGGUUCUUGGUAUGGACUACAAACAGACAAUUAGUGAGGUUCAUCCCAGUUUAGUUGAUUCAGAAGGAAGCAAGAAUAUAAGUAAUGAUACAAUUCAGCGGUUGGCUGCUGCAAUACAAAAAUUGCGGGAGGUUAAAUUACAGAGAAUGCAGAGGCUUCAAGAUCUGGCAACUACCAUGUUAGAGCUGUGGAACUUGAUGGAUACGCCAAUUGAGGAGCAACAGAUGUUUCAGAAUAUAACCUGCAAUAUUGCUGCUUCAGAACAUGAGAUAACUGAACCAAAUACACUCUCUGUGGACUUCAUCAAUUGUGUUGAGGCAGAAGUGUCUCGGUUGGAAGAGUUGAAAUCAAGUAAAAUGAAAGAGCUUGUUCUUAAGAAGAGGUCAGAGCUAGAGGAAAUCUGUAGAAAGACACAUAUGGUCCUUGAAGCAGAUAGUGCAAUUGACUACGUAAUUGCAGCUAUAGAGUCAGGAGAUGUGGACCCUGCUUGUGUCCUCGAUCAAAUUGAGCUUCAGGUUGCAAAGGUUAAAGAGGAAGCUUUUAGCAGGAAAGACAUACUUGAAAGAGUUGAGAAGUGGUUGUUUGCUUGUGAUGAGGAGUGCUGGCUCGAAGAGUAUAACAGGGAUGAAAACCGAUACAAUGCUGGAAGAGGAGCUCAUCUUACUCUCAAGCGUGCUGAGAAAGCACGUGCUUUGGUUAAUAAACUUCCAGCAAUGGUGGAUGCAUUGGCUUCAAAAACCAUAUCAUGGGAGAAGGAGAGGGGCAUUGAGUUCACAUAUGAUGGUAUUCGUCUUCUUUCCAUGCUCGAAGAGUAUACUAUAUUACGGGAGGAGAAGGAGCAGGAACGUCGAAGACAGCGGGACCAGAAAAAGAUUCAGGGUCAGUUGAUAGCUGAGCAAGAGGUACUUUAUGGGUCAAAACCAAGUCCUUCAAAACCUCAGAGUGUAAAGAAGGCUCCGAGAAUGUCAACUGGAGGUGCAAGCAAUAGAAGACUUUCAAUGCAAGCUCCUAAACCCGAUCCACUUCACUCUAUCAAAGGUACUCCGCGUUCAAGAAAGAGUGACCGAGUGAAUCCAAAUGAGCAAUUAAACAAUCAUCUGGAUGAUGGCUUUUCAUCUUUGUCCACAGGUAGAAGAGGCUUAGGCUUAGAUGUUGCUGGACUUUCUGUUAAAAAACACUCUUUUGGUGCCCCAAAUCCUUCUGAAGUGGAGACACCAACAAUUCGUAAACCCUUCUCCCCCAUUUCUGUUCCCAUUUCCAUUCCAUCCGAAAAUGUUGCUUUCGGCACUACUCCUCUGAAGCCUAGAACUGUUGCAGACGAAGAGAACAAGACUCCCAAGGUAAUGCCAAUCUUCAUGCCAGCGACACCAUCAACAGUGUCAGUUCCCAUGCAGACAGCUAUGACCCCAGCUCCUCCUCCACCGGUUCCUUUCGCUACCAACUUAGUUCAAGAGAUUCCUGAGGAGAUUGAGUACUCAUUUGAGGAACGAAGAGCUGGUUUUGUGCUCCCAAAAACACAUGUCAAGUCGAUGAUACAAGUUUGAUAGGCUAAUUAGUUGCAUUUUGGUGAGAACUUGAGUUAAAAUUGUUGCUUUAGCAUUUAUUUUUCCUUUUGUAUUGGAUUUUUUCGAAUUUCAAGUCAAUUGUAAUUGGCUUUCCUGGUUUUUAUGUACAUAGUCUACAACCAGUGAACGUGGACUAAGAAUGUCUGAACCUGUUCCCCUCCUGAUUAAUGUGAUCAUUAAGUUUCUAA